AUGGAUCUGCCUUUGGGUUAUAAUACACAUUGCAAAGAUGGUUCUCUGGGGAAGAAGUUGGUAUGUCGAUUAAAUAAAUCCAUCUCCGGCUUAAAGCAGGCGUCAAGGCAAUGGUUUGCAAAAUUCUCUAAUGCUCUUAUUUCCCAUGGUUACAUCCAAUCAAAGUCGGAUUAUUCAUUGUUUACAAAGGGAUCUGGAAAUACAUUUGUUGCUCUUCUAGUCUAUGUCGACGACAUAAUCAUUACAGGAUCAAAUAUUAUGGCUAUAAAUUCUUUAAAAGCCCUAUUACAUAGUCUUUUCAAAUUCAAAGAUCUUGGACAUUUAAAGUACUUUCUGGGCUUGGAGAUUGCCUCCUCACACAAAGGCAUCUUGCUCUCUCAACGUCACUAUACAUUACAAUUGUUGGAGGACACAGGUUUUUUGGCUUGCAAGCCAGCCACACUGCCCAUGGAUCCCAAAAUCAAACUUUUCUCUUUUGAGGAGGACCUUCUUCCUGAUGCUUCUAGCUUUAGAAGAUUGAUUGGCAGACUUCUAUACUUGACUAUAUCAAGACCGGAUAUUACCUUUGCAGUUCAUAAACUUAGUCAGUUCGUUGCUCAGCCUAGAAAGCCUCAUCUUGAAGUUGCUCAUCACCUCUUGCAAUAUCUCAAGGCAUCUCCAGGACAAGGACUUUUAUUUUCAGCUAACUCUUCACUUCAGAUUCGUGCUUUCUCUGAUGCUGACUGGGGUGCAUGUCUGGACACCAGGAAAUCUGUGACAGGCUAUUGUGUAUUUCUUGGUGACUCUCAAGUAUCUUGGAAGGCUAAGAAGCAAACCACAAUAUCAAGGUUUUCAGCUGAAGCUGAAUAUCGUGCCUUGGCCUCCACUACCAGUGAACUCAUCUGGAUCUCUCAGUUGCUUCAAGAUUUUCAUAUUUCUUCCUCUGCUCCAGCUCUCAUUUUCUGUGAUAAUCAAGCUGCCAUCCACAUUGCGAGCAAUCCCAUUUUCCAUGAACGAACCAAACAUAUAGAAAUAGAUUGUCACUUCAUUCGUGAUAGGAUCAAUGAUGGAUUCGUCAAAUUGAUGCCAGUGCAAACUCAAAAUCAGCUAACAGAUGUCUUUACGAAGCCUCUUCCUGCCAAUCUUCUAUUCCCACUAAUGUCCAAGAUGUCCAUCAUCAAUCCCCACUGUCCAUCUUGA